AUGAGCUUUAAUAACAACAACGACAACUUUGGUGGAAACCAGGGUAACCAGGGCAAUUCGGAUGAAUCUGGUGGCUUUGGAAGCCUGCUGAACAAGGCGGAAGGCUUGAUCAAUCAAGGUGGUUCCAACAACAACAGCAACAACAAUAAUAACAACAAUAAUAACCAGCAAAGUGGUUCGGGCAAUGGCCUCGACCAGAACAUUGACAACACUGUCGACAAUGUCGUCGACAAGCUUGCGGACCAGUACAUUCCGCAAGGUACCGAUGGAAUCGCAAACAAGGAGAUCAACAAUGCCAUCAAUGGUGCCAUCAACGACCAGGCGAAUAAAUUCUUCUAA